ACCUUUGGCGGACUUCAAACCCGAAAGGAAAAGGUUUUUGUUUGUUUCCACUUUGUCAUUUUCCGGUCUUCUUUUUUUCCUUCUUUUUUUUUUUCUGUUAUCUAUUUUAUAUAUUUUUUCGUCAAUAAAAAGAAACGGGUAGAAAGGUUUUUUUGCUUUUUUUUUUUAUAAUACAUCAUGAAGACGUAUCUAGCCAUUCUCCUUACUUUUUGUUUCAUCACUACUACUGUGAUGGGAAUUCAAGAUUACUGCAAUAAAGGCUUUAAACCUCAACAAGAUGGACAAUAUGAACUUGAUCUUUCUCCAAUGGAUCGUGAUUUCAUGAUGGAAAUCGCGACAAACACCAAACCAUCUCAGAAAAUCACCCGCACCUAUGUUAAUAUCUGCAAUCCUUUAAAGAAGCCUCCUAUGACUUAUGAUGAAGAUUUUUGUGAUCCUAAUACUUAUGUAUGUCUACGUCUCUUCCAUAAAAAAGGGGAUACUGAACGUUUGGAUGAAGUGGAAGAAUUGGCAGGUGAUUAUAAAAAUUCUAAACUUCAACCUGAAUUCAAGGUUGUAUCUGAAGGACAAGACUUAUCAACUGACGGAACCCAGUUUUCUUUGACUUUGCAUGGUGGAAAUGUUUUGGGCAAGGCACAAACAGUGGAAAUUACUUUGGAAUGUGGUCUUCCAGAAACUCGAGAAAAUCCCAACGGACCCAAUCUUAUAUCUGAUGAUGGUUAUAUCACGAAACUUCACUGGAAAGUACCUUUUGCUUGCGCUACCAAGGUAGGUGAAAAACCUCCUUCCAAUGGUGAUGGAGGUAAUAACGGUGGUAAUAAUGGAGAUCAACCUCAAGAAGGUGGCAAAUCAGCUAUUGGUUGGUUCUUUACUAUGUUGGGAAUAGCGUUGGGUGUUUACUUUAUCGGAGGUGCCAUUUACAAUUACAAGGUAUUCAAUGCUAGAGGUCUUGAUCUUAUCCCUCAUCGUGACUUUUGGUUGGAUUUGCCUUACUUGAUCAAGGAUUUGAUCUCUCAUUUGAUGGAAUCUGUCACUUCGCGUCGUCAUGGCAGUGGUGGAUACGUAUCCGUUUGAACAACAAUCAAGUUUUAGUUUAUCCCAUACAAAAUAACUCAUUUCCAUUUAGACAGAUUAUUUUAUAUUAUAUAUAUAUAUAUCCUCUUAUUGAUUUAUAUCUUCCCUUU